UCAGCCGUUUCGUCCCCGACUCCGCACUGCUGCUGCUGGUGGUGUGGGUUCGCUUCCCACUCACUCACACACCCACACACACUAUCCUCCUCCUCCUCGUCGCCGCGACGCCGCCUUUCUCUCCACCGCGAUUUCUAUAUAUAAAACGCCCCCAAAAAUACCUUGCCCCUCCCUCACUCCACCGGAUCUACACCGCCAACGCACAAAACACCCCAUCGGAUCUUGUGUGCUUGCGGCUGCCGGAGAUCGAUGGCGCGGUGGCCGAGGCCAGCGCUGCUGCUGCUGCUCGUCGCCGUGCUGCUCCUCUCCCACAUUGCGCUCUGCUCCUCCGCCGCGGCGUCGGGGAAGCCCAAGGGGAAGGGUGUCGGGGGGCGGAAGGCGCUGCUGGCUGAUGAUGGUGGGGAGGAGGAGGAGGUGGUGGUGGUGCCGCCGCCGGUGAAGAAGGCGAAGGGUGCCGCGGCUGCGGUGGGGAAGAUCAAGAAGAAGGUCGUCGGGGUGGACGGCAAGAACCAGACCAAGGUUGUGAAGGGCAAGAAAUCGGAGCCCGCUGGUGCGGUGAAGGCGACCAAGAAGUUGUCGGCGGCGGCGGCGGCGAAAGCUUCUGCGGAUGCGGCCGUUGUUAAGGCGAAGGUCCCGAAGACGGAUAAGGCGGCGACGGCGAAGUCCAAGGGAACCGACACCGCGAAGCCGGCGAAGGUGGCGAAGGCGGGGAGUGCCAAGGCGGUGAAGCCGGUGAAGCCGGUGAAGACGGCGAAAUCUGAGUCCGUUGUCGCCGCCAAGGCGAAGAAAGCGUCCAAUUCGACCGUGGAUGGUGGUGCCAAGCAGGCCAAAUCGAGCAAGAAGGCGGCGCAGGCGGUGGUUGAUGGGGAAGCGAGUGGUGGCAAGGUGAAUGCCACCGCGAGCAAUGAGGCGGCGGAGGUGGAAGAGGAUGUGGUGUUCGCGGAGGCGGCGGAGGGGACGGACGACCUCAUCUCCGAGUUCAAGGGCCUCCCGGCGCGGCUGCAGGAGACGCUCAUGCCGGACCUGGCGCGGCUGUCGCACUCCUCCAAGCUGUACCUGUCCGCGGCGAACGCCGGGAUCGCCGACGGCGUGCGGCCGAUCCUGGGGGGCCGGUGGGCGGCGGCCGCCGCGUCGGCGGCCUCCAUUGCGCUGCUGCUCCUGCCGCUGUUCAUGCUCACGGCGCUGGUGCGGCGCAUGGCCCCGUACCUGCCGCUCCUCCACCGCGCGCUGCUGCUCGCGCAGGCGUACCUCGCCAUCUACUUCGCCACGCUCGCGCUCGCCGCCGCCGCCACGGGGCUCGAGCCGCUCCGCUUCUUCCACGCCGCCUCGCCGGCGGCGUACGCCUGGACGCAGGCCGCGCAGUCGCUCGGCUUCAUGGGCUACCUCAUGCUCCAGAUGGUGGACCUCGUCGCCGUCUUCUCCGGCGCCGCCUCGCCGGAGGAGGACGGCAACGGGGACGCCACCAAGGCGCUCGGCCUGGCGCAGAUGGUCGUCGGCCUCGCCGUCGGCCUGCACUACUACGCCGCCGUGUUCCACCGCGCCGCGGCCGGCGAGGCCCCCCGCGCGAACUGGCGCGUGUACGCCGUGUACGCCGCUUGCUUCGUCGUCGUCUGCGCGUGCGCGCGCGCCGAGAGGAGGAAGAAAGCCUACCUCGCCGGCGGCACCGACGGCGGCGCCGAGGAGUGGAAGAAGAGCUGAGCAAAAUACACACAAACUUCAGGGUCUCAUCUGCAAAUUUCGCAAUUUGGUGGAAGCCGAAGGGCAUGGUUGUAAGAAGAUUUAGGAUUGGUGGAAACAAAUAUUCAGAAAAGGAAAACAAGAUGAAAAAAAAAAACUGCCAUUUUUCUUUUUUUUUUCUCCCUUGCACUAGCAUUAUUAUGUUUUCCUUUUUCAUAUUGAUUGGUUUUAGUACAGAGGGAUAAAUUGCCACAAUGGUGGCAAAAUAAGGGAUAAGUUAUUAUUAUUCACGAGAUAUUAUUACAUAAGGAUCAAGAAAUUGUGGUGCCCGGAGGAGAAAAAUCUCCCGAGGCAGCGUGCUAAUGUACUAGAAUUUUGUUGAAAAAUUGAGGUGUUCAAUUCUGAAGAAAAUGGUCUUCAGUUCACAUGCUGAUAUGCAUAA